ACUGGAGAAAGGAGAGGAGCGCAUACAGGAGCCAGCUGCACUGCACACCGCGGUUCAUUUUGCGAAUCAUUUACAGGCUGGAUAAUUUUAAUGCUUCUGAUUUCACCGCUAGCCUACCGCGAGCUGCUGCUUAUCAAAGCGGCAUUAUUUUUAUUUAUUGCAGCGGUCUUUGAUUGGGAGAUAAUUCGUACAAACUGAACUGGAACCAGUUUUUAAAUGUUUUGUGUCUUAUCUGAAGAAAUUUAUUAGCUGCAUAAAAUCUGACUUUUGAAAGUCUGAGAGACCUCCCUCUGCCAUUCUGGAAAUACUGGGUGUUCGGCACUGUACGGGACUGUUAGCACUAAGACGUGUUCGUGCUCCAGCACCGUUUCCCUUCUCUCGUGAGGUCUCCGACUGUUUUUUUUUUUCACGGCUUGAUACAUCAGUUUUAUUUCUCAGUAAGGAUUUCUUUUUUUUUUUUCUCCGACCAGAGGCUGCGCGAUUUCAGAUAAAUGUUGUUUGAGAAAGGUAAGAAAACCUUUCAGAAAUAUUCUUAAAAACUGGAUGGAGCAGAUGCUUUAACAGAAUUACUGAAAUUACAUCUGGAUGCAUCUGCAGUCUUACGAUGCUGCGAAGAACCACAUAGAUACAUUUUUAGCCCGCUUUUCUUAGGGCUUUUUUUUCUUUUCAUUUUAUGGACUAAUUUUACGGAAUUCUUCAGUAUUAUUUUGAGGCUAUAAGCUUUUUUCUUUGCUCAAAAUGGUCUGUUUACAAUUCCAGUCGUGGCUCCCAGUUUGUAGCAUAUUAUGAACUACAUUUAGAUUUACAAGAUUUACAUGGGUAAAUUCUUGUUUAUGAAUACUUUGAGAAUGUGGCGUUAUAACCCUUCUUAAUAGCAUUACUUUUAUUUCCAUGUAGCACAUCGAAAUGUACAGUUAUUCGAAUACCAUAUACAAUGUCAGUGCAAUCUAGAUAUACUGUACAGUAUUUAAAUCAGAUCUAGGCGCAUCCCUUUUUCUAUCGGUAGCGUUACUGCUUUAUUUUGCCUAAAUUUGACAUUUUCUUCAAAACUUUUUUGAUGUAAUAAGCGCCUUAAAACAACUUGAACGUUGAUUAUGAAAAGCUCUACUGUAAACAUAUGUAAAUGGUAAUAGCAGAUGCAAAGACUGAUUUAAGGAAGAAAAAUCAACAGGUACAAUGUCCUCUAAGGAAAUGGAUUUUGUACAGAUCAUUCUAAUAGCUCUCUCGUGCUGGACUGUGGCCGAAGCUGUGAUCAAUCUGAAAUAUUCGGUGGACGAGGAGCAGAGAGCGGGGUCAAUCAUAGCGAACGUUGCAAAGGACGCAAAAGAUGCAGGAUUUGUGGAUGAUUCUCAUCAGCCUUCCUUGCGAGUCAUCUCCAAUUCCGAACCGCAUUGGGUGGACAUCAGCCCAGCAGGACUUUUGAUCACCAAGCAAAAAAUUGACCGGGAUGUAGCUUGCCGACAGACACCAAAGUGUUUUAUCUCUUUGGAAGUGAUGUCCAAUUCAAUGGAAAUCUGCGUGAUUAAAAUUGAAAUCAAGGAUCUGAACGACAAUGCGCCCCGAUUCCCCACAGAUCACAUAGACAUUGAAAUUUCAGAGAACGCGUCCCCCGGCACCAGGUUUCCCCUAGAGGGGGCAAAUGACCCGGAUUCGGGGAGUUUCGGCGUACAAACAUACGAGAUCACCCCGAAUGAUCUGUUUGGACUAGAGAUUAAGACAAGAGGGGAUGGGUCCAAGAUUGCCGAGCUUGUGGUGGAAAAGACGCUGGACAGAGAAACACAAUCUCACUAUAGCUAUGAAAUCACCGCUGAAGACGGAGGAGACCCCCCAAAGUAUGGCACUGUUCAGCUUAAUAUUAAAGUCAUAGAUUCGAAUGACAACAACCCAGUCUUCGAUGAGCCCGUGUACACAGUUAACGUGAUGGAGAAUUCUCCUAUUAACACGGUAGUCAUUGACUUGAACGCAACAGAUCCAGACGAAGGCACAAAUGGUGAAGUAGUGUACUCGUUCAACAGUUACGUCACCGAGAAAACAAGGGAUGUAUUCAAAAUUGAUCCUCGAACCGGUGUGAUCACUGUAAGUGGAGUUCUGGACUACGAGGCAAUGCAUAUCUAUGAGAUUGAUGUUCAAGCCAAAGAUUUAGGUCCCAAUUCUAUCCCGGCUCACUGCAAAGUGACUGUAAAUGUAAUGGAUGCAAACGAUAACGUGCCAGUAAUUAAUCUGUUGUCUGUGAACAGCGAGAUAGUAGAAGUCAGUGAGAACGCGCCACUAGGAUACGUCAUAGCAUUGGUGAGGGUUUCAGACAAGGACUCUGGUGCGAACGGAAAGGUGCAAUGCAGACUGCAGGGUAACGUCCCUUUCCGGCUGCAGGAAUACGAGAGCUUUUCCACCAUACUUGUUGAUGGCAGGUUGGACAGAGAACAGAGGGACAUGUACAACCUGACAAUUCAAGCAGAGGACAGUGGUAUCCCAUCACUGAAAACCACAAAAUCGUUCGCAGUAAAAGUGACGGACGAGAAUGAUAACCCUCCCCACUUUACUAAACCGUAUUACCAAGAGAUGGUCUUGGAAAACAACACCCCUGGCGCCUACUUGCUUUCUGUGUCCGCAAGGGACCCUGACUUGGGUUUGAAUGGCACCGUAACCUACCAAAUUUUGCCAUCACAGGUGCGAGACAUGACCGUUUUCACCUAUGUGUCAAUAAACCCAAAUUCUGGAGACAUUUAUGCCCUGAGGUCCUUCAACCACGAGCACACCAGGACUUUUGAAUUCAAAGUUUUGGCUAAAGAUGGUGGAAAUCCAUCUUUAACCAGUAACGUAACCGUGCGAAUUGUGGUAUUAGACGUGAACGACAAUACCCCAGUCAUGACCACUCCGCCAUUGAUAAACGGUACAGCUGAAGUGUCCAUUCCAAGAAAUGCUGGAGUUGGUUAUUUGGUUACCCAGGUAAAAGCCGAUGACUACGACGAAGGUGAAAAUGGAAGAUUAACGUAUUCAAUCUCGGAGGGAGACAGGGCUUAUUUUGAGAUAGACCAGGUGAAUGGCGAAAUUCGGACUACGAGGACGUUUGGGGAGAACGCAAAGGCGACCUACGAGAUAACUGUGGUGGCUCACGACCACGGCAAGAUGUCUUUGUCCGCUUCGGCUUUUAUCAUCAUCUACCUCUCCCCGGACCUGAACGCACAGGAGUCUAUCGGACCCGUAAACUUGUCCCUCAUCUUCAUCAUUGCCCUGGGCUCUAUCGCAGCCAUCCUGUUCGUCACAAUGAUUUUUGUGGCAGUGAAGUGCAAAAGGGAUAACAAGGAAAUUCGGACAUAUAACUGCAGUUUCUUCUACUUGCGUAGGGUGGCGGAGUACUCCUACGGUAACCAGAAGAAGUCCAGCAAGAAGAAGAAGCUGAGCAAGAACGACAUCCGGCUGGUGCCGCGCGACGUGGAGGAAACGGACAAGAUGAACGUGGUGAGUUGCUCGUCGCUCACGUCCUCGCUCAACUACUUCGACUACCACCAGCAGAGCCUGCCGCUGGGCUGCAGGCGCUCGGAGAGCACCUUCCUCAACGUGGAGAACCAGAACUCGCGCAAUGCCGCCCCAAACCACGGCUAUCACCACAACUUCACCGGGCAGGGCCCUCAGCAGCCUGACCUCAUCAUCAACGGCAUGCCGCUGCCAGAGACGGAGAAUUAUUCCAUUGACUCCAGUUAUGUAAACAGCAGAGCGCACCUUAUUAAAAGCACCUCCACGUUCAAGGACAUGGAAGGGAACAGCCUCAAGGACAGCGGUCACGAAGAGAGUGACCAAACCGACAGCGAGCACGACGUUCAGCGAGGCCACUACGCCGACACCGCCGUCAACGAUGUGCUAAACAUGAGUGCGCCGCCCAACGGCUGCCAGCUCCCAGACCAAGGAGACUCCACCGAGGGCUUCCACUGCCAGGACGAGUGCCGCAUUCUGGGCCACUCCGACCGCUGCUGGAUGCCCCGCGUGCCCAUGCCAGCCCGCGCCAAGUCCCCAGAGCAUGGCCGCAACGUCAUCGCCCUGUCCAUCGAGGCGCCCACCGUGGACGUCCCGCACUACGAGGACUGCGGCACCAAAAGGACUUUUGCCACCUUCGGCAAGGACGGGCCCGAGGAGCCGGAGCGGGGCGAGAUGAAGGCAAAGAGGACAAUGGAGCCCCCGGUGUGCAGCCCCAAAACCAACGGGGCUGUCCGCGAGGCGGGCAACGGGCGGGAAGCCGCGAGCCCCAUCACCUCCCCGGUUCACUUAAAGAGCCCCGUCUCCAAGCCGCCCUCUGCCUACAACACCCUGAAAUGCCGGGACGCCGAGAGAAUCGCCAACCACACCUUGCUUCGGCAGCCGGAGGGGAAAGACAGUGAGCCUGCCAUCCGGGAGAUCAACCAGCUCCUGCAGAACAGCCGCGACAAGGAGUCGCCCGGCAACAAGCGCCUGAAGGACAUCGUGCUCUAACAGCAUGGAGCAGGAGCCAAAUGGGUGCACGGAGUACAUGCAUACACUCACGCACUCACACACACACACACGUGGACAAAACUGUGUGUUUGUGAAUGAGAAUACGAGAGAGAGGAAGAAAGAAACACACCCACAACACAGCAAAGAGAAGGUGGAAGUUGUCCAAUGACGGAUAAAGAAGUGGAAGAUGCUGAGAUGGGUGUUUGCCGGGGAGUAAAAAGCACUGAUGUGGCUUUGUCUUUACAGCAGUAAAAUGUGUUUCCCCCCUCCAUUCCACUCUCCACUCCAGGAGAAAGGGGACCAUGGGGUUAUGGUUCUGCUUUUGUUUUUUUGUUUUUUUUUUGGUUUGGGGGGGGGGAGGGGGGGAGAAGAAGGUGACAUUCAGCUGAAUUUGUCGGAACACCUGUGGCAACGGAUAUAAGUAGUCAUGCCUUUAAAUUUUUAUUUUCUAUUUUGUGCUAUUGCCUUUUUUGGGUUCACGGUUUGGUUCAGCUGCCAGAUUGUUCAAUGUUGAAAUAGAUUCUUUUUCGGCGUGAGACCCCAAAAUGCAUCAAACUACAGCCAAUCUUUUCAUGAACUUCAGUUACGAUCAGCUACUUUGCUCUAUAUAUCAUGUAAAAUAAUGCUGGCAUUAAAAAAAGUUUCCGUUUCAGUUUCCAUUUGUCUUAUAACAGAAUCUCCUUCUGCGUUUCCCUGAAGACAUUCCAGCGUCAUGAAACUGUGAGGUCUUUGCGGUAUUUAUUUUUUAUCACUGAUGGAGCAAAAUGAACUCUUAUCAGCUGGAGUCUACUGAAUAUUGGAAGUGGGAAAGACUAAACUGAGACUGAAAAAAAGACUUGUUUCUUUUGAAUCUCCUGUGCCCAUUCUUGAUUGUAGCCAAUGGGGCACGGUUUACUAGAACUUCGUGCUCUGGUCUUGUACUUUUUUGAAAUAUUGGGCUAGGAUAGAGGGGUUCGUCACUCACAUGUCUUGCUAUGUGAAACUCUGUAUAGGGUUUAAUAUUAUCAUUUUUUUAAAUAACCUGUUGUUAUGUGACAAUCCCUUUAAUGUUUCGUUUCGAGAGAGAAAAAAAACAUACAUUGGUGUUCAACUGAAGCUAAAGUAGCGCGUUUGUUACACAAACACAAAAAGAAAAAAAAAACAUA